AGAAAAGAGACCCAAGGCGUGAUACCUAUGCAGAGAAAGCAUUACUGUUCUCAGUCAACAUCCUGAAUGUCAUAAGAAAUGGAGUCUACUUAAAAACAUGUUCAACUGUCAUCUGGAUUUGGUGCUUUUAAUCAUAACCAAAGAAAGAGACUAUUUUCUCAUCGGUGAAAGCAAGGAAUGUGUGGACCACUGGUAUAAUGUCAUGUAUUCUGUUCUACUAUGUGAAUUCCCAUCUUCUUUUCAUGGAUCAGGGGUGGCUGCGUCUUCAUCCAAGCCAGUGCCUUACCCCAGGUCUCUGUUCACGGACACCACCUCGGUGGAGCCUCCACAGUUCCGGAGACCUCAACUACCGGUGGCUGCGUCUUCAUCCAAGCCAGUGCCUUACCCCAGGUCUCUGUUCAUGGACACCACCUCGGUGGAGCCUCCACAGUUCCGGGGACCUCAACUACCGGUGGCUGCGUCUUCAUCCAAGCCAGUGCCUUACCCCAGGUCUCUGUUCACGGACACCACCUCGGUGGAGCCUCCUCAGUUCCGGGGACCUCAACUACCGGAUGAUGCAUCAUUAUCAAGUCCAGUAGAAAACAAGAAGCUACUGGAGUACUACUAUGACAUGCCUAGAACGUUCAGGGAAGCUCUGGAAAGCGGACAGCUGGACACUGAGAACCCGUCUAUGAAAAUCAACCCCCUAAAUCUUGUGAAGAUUGAGGAAAAGGAUGUGCAAGUGAAUCUAGAAGACCUGAAAAACUGUAUGAAAAUCAGUGACAUAGAUGGAAGAUGCUGCAUCACUCAGUGGAGAGGAGCCCCUCACGUCCGGCACCUGUUCUGUAGAGGGGAUCGCAUUCUAGCCGUUAAUGACCUCAGAACUGAGACAGCAAAGGAUGUGGAGCUCUACUUGAACAAAGUGAUGAAAACACAAGUAAAAAUGAAAAUCCAACGAACACAAGAAAGCCAGCUUUAAAAUCAGUAACAGAUCAGCCUUUAGAGAGACUCUGUGUAUAAUGAAUGGGUGCUGCCAUUCUAAAGGAGACUGAUCUUCAGGAGUCUAAAGGAGAAUAUCCUAAUGUGUGUCUGUGGAUUACCAUCCAUCCAUCCAUUAUCCAA